CCCACUUCUACCAUUUUGAGUUUCGAAACUUUACGGCUCCCAACUUGUACAUUUACCGCGAGAGAGAGAGAGAAAAGGGAAGAGACAAGCCAGGAUCCGCCAUACCUGUACAGAUCCCCACCAUCCAAAAGGAAACCCUAAUCAUGCCUCCAGGUGCUAAGAAAAGGAAAGCUGCAAAGAAAAAGCAGCAACAACAACAAGAAGCAUCUUCUACUCAAACCAAUCUCAUACCCACCAAUCAUGGUGAAGUUAUCAUCCCACUACUUAAUUCGAGCGAAGAAGAUUCUGUCAGAAGUACCGACAAGGACUCUGAUGAGCGGAUAGAGAUCGCUGAUUCAAGCCGUGAUCAUGACAAGAACUCUACCAGCAGCAGUAGUAGCAGCAGCAGCUCGGAUGAUGAAUCUAGUGAAGUUAAGAAGAAGAAGAAGAAGGAGAGUGGUGAAUCUGUCUCUGAAGCAAUCACUGCUAAUGUGAUCGUAGAGAGUAUCGGUUUGAUGGAUUCAGCUACUCCUAGUGAUCCAAACACCGAAAAAGUGAUUGAAAUCGCGACUGUUGGUACAGUGGUCUCAGCCGAGAAUGAGGAGAGUUCUUUGCCUAAACCAAACGAGAUCACUGCUGAGGUUUCUCUUGCCUCUGAUGAGGUUAAGCAGGCGUCUUCAAGUGCAACCACCGCUGUUAAAAAAGAAACUGAGGGAAAAGCUUCGUCUCUUGCUCCUGAAGUCAGCAAGGAGUCUGACGCUACUACCAGUUCUCAUGAAGAAGAGGGUUCCGUGGGACCAACACAUGGAGUUGCGGAAAGAACCUCAUGGUUAAGUUGUUGCGGCUUGUUUGAUGUGGUCACAGGAUCCAGUAGAUAAACUCAGAAACAGAGUUUUCUUCAUGAACUUAGAAGCUACAGAAGUGUUAUCACAGCUAAGGAUUCUCGGUUUUCUUAUAUCAAGGUUACCUGUGAAAAUUCACAAACACACACAUUGUCUUACUUCUAGUAGUCUUCAAGGCAGGCUUGUCUGUAGUUUUUCUGCUCUUUUAUAAGUCCUUACAGGUUCUCUUCCCUUUUGCUCUGUACGAUUCCUUGUCUGUUGUCGUUUUUUCUGUUCUCUCAGGUUGUGAGACUGUUGUUGGCCAAUUAAUGUAUUGAUUAUUUCUCUA